AUGGUCAUCGACUUCAACGAUCCCGCAGUCCUCCUUGCUGCCGAACAGUGCUCCUGUAAGAAGCUGAUUUCCCUGUUCAACUAUGCCGUGAAGAAAAAUCUCACAGGCAUGAGCAUCUCGAAUCUUGAGAUCUUCGCGAGUAAGGUGGCUGAUUGUGAUGAGAUUGACAAUACAGACACAUACUUCUUUGGGAUUCGAUUAAGGAAAUUGUCUCUGUGCCAGGAUCAGUGA